UGCGGCGUUGGUUUAUACCCCACGUAAAAUUUACCCAUUGCCAUCAUGUUUUGCAUGACUGUACCCACGUUUCACAGCAAGGUAACUUUCAGUCGCCCAGAAGUCUGCCUAGGGUCAUCAUGCGAACAUCUCCGAAUGUGAUUAUCACAGGAACCCCUGGUGUUGGGAAAACUGUCCACUGCGAACAACUAGCGCAAGAUACCGGUCUGCGACAUCUGUCAAUCAAUCAGGUCGCAAAAGAUCGUGAUUGCUUCGAGACUUAUGACGAGGAGUUAGAAACUUGGAUUGUGGAUGAGGAUAAGCUGCUGGAUGCUGUUGAAGACGAAAUGCUCCAAGGGGGACUCUUGAUCGACUGGCAUGCAUGUGACCUAUUCCCCAAAUCUUGGAUUGACCUCGUUGUGGUUUUGCGAUGCCCGUCUACAUCUCUUCUAUAUGACCGUCUUUCAUCAAGGGGAUAUAAGGAAACGAAGCUACAAGAAAAUUUAGACGCGGAGAUUUUCGGUGUCCUAUCUGAAGAAGCUCGUGAAGCCUUCGACGAAGAAGUUGUGGUCGAGCUCACUAGUGAAAAGGACGACGAUGUAGAGGAAAACUGCACAAGAAUUUCAAAUUGGAUAUCCUCUUGGAGGAUCAACCAAAACCUCGAUACGAAUUGAAAUAUUCCAGAGAUGCGCCGCCUAUCAACGUUAUCCGCUGCGAAGCCGACAAAUCAGGAAUUUUCCUGGACCAACCAACGCUGUAGUUUCUCCAAAGCUUUAUACCUGUGCGAUAUUUGGUUCUAGCCUUGUUAGCGAGGAAGUCAAGGACGGAGGGCCACGGGGGAGAAAGAUCAUGGAAAGGGAGAAAAGGCAAUAAAGGUAGAGGUUGGAACGCAAACUCGGG